CUUUCCAGCACUAGUUCCAGCAUUACUCACGCUCAUGUGUGAUGAUAGGGAGGUGUUGGGUGUCACUUUGUCAACUCAGUGCGCUGAACACAAAACCACGAGCGUUUCGCCAGAGAUCAUUUACUUGAAGUCUACAUGAUUUUCGAUAAAUCGCACCUCUUGCCGCAAGAAACUAUUAGGAAGGAAAAGAAGCACACAUUGCGCGACAGUCAACGCCGAAUGUGUAAAAGAAAGAGGAAUAUUGGUCCGUUGACUGUUUGUUGACACUCGUAAGGAGUUGUUGCGACCAGCCAUGGAAGUGAUACGGAGAUUUAUUUCCUGAUGCUGCGAUAAGCGUUUUCUACAUAAAUGGACACGAUGUUACUGGCCUCCGCCGUGGUCGUCUGGGAAUGGCUCAACGAGCACGGGCGCUGGCGGCCGUACAGCCCAGCCGUGUCUCACCACAUAGAGGAGGUGAUAAGAAGCGAUCCCCGCGGCGGCAGCGUCGUUCUAGGCCAAGCCGACAGCCGCCUGUCGCCCUACAUCGUCGAUCUACACUCCAUGCAUCAGUUCAGACAGGAUACCGGUACGUUAAGACCAGUGCGACGGAGUUUCUAUGACCCCACCUCAGCACCAGGCCAAGGUUGGAUAUGGGAGUGGGAAAAUGACACAGGUUCCUGGACGGCCUAUGACAUGGAGGUGACCAUUGCCUUGCAAGCGGCACGGGACCGACAGCAACCCUGGCUGGACCUGACAUCGUUGGGCUUUUGCUACUUUGUGGACUUCCAGACCAUGACCCAGAUUAACAGGCAAACACAGCGGCAGAGGCGCAUCCAGAGACGCUCAGACAUGGUUUACCCUCUAGUUACUGGGCCUCUGCCUAAAACUUCACAGGCUUGGGGUACUGGCUCAGGGACUGGAGGCAUGGCUAGAGGAGUUACAUCAGGUGGAGGGUCAAAUGGGGCACUUCUUGGGGUAGGCGUUUCUGGUUCUACCCUGAGUAGAAAAGGAAGUGCAGUUUACCCAAGCGGGAUGCUUUCUGUUUCAUCUCUUGCUCCACUUGGACAGCCCUGUGCCUGCCAGCAGUGCAUGCUGGUGUUGAGUGUAAAGGCAAAUGGCACUGCAUCACAGACACUAGGACGUGCAACAAAACCAAACAGUCCUAAAUCCAGCUUUGGGACACUUCCAUCCUCCUCUGCAUCCAUGUCUGUUUUAAACUCGUAUUCUCAUACACUACCACAUGGCGCAUCUUUAAAAUGCUCACCCUCGGAAGAAGCCAAGAAUUCUGCUGUUUUUGAUCAGUCUUUGUCCCUUCUCACUUUGGGCACUGCCAAUCUCUCAGUCUCCUCUAGCCGCCCAACGCCUUCAUCUUUGCCCCCACCUCCAACUCUGCCAUCAUCGAAUCAGCAGCCUUCAUCCACCCCAAACACAUCAUCUUCAGCAACAUUUGUGCCAACUGCCAUACUUGUUAACACAUCAACAAGUCCCACACCAUCCACAGUUAUGACGUCAUCUGCAACAAUGUUGGCCUCCCAGCGCUCCGCUGCCUGUGCUGCCCCAAUACCACCUCGUGCCAGUCUGGCAGGGCUCAGUCGGCCUGCUUUGCAGAGAAUUGCCAUGGCACAGUCACGGGCCCUUAUUGCCUCUGGAGUACCGACAGUACCAGUGAAGAACCUUAAUGGCUCCAGCCCUGUCCAUCCGGCUUUAGCUGGUAUUACUGGUAUUCUGAUGAGUGCAGCAGGACUACCUGUAUGUUUGACCCGUCCACCAAAACUGGUUCUGCAUCCUCCACCUGUCAGCAAGAGCGACAUCAGACCAAUUCCUGGCAUUGGGCACUGUUGCCGCAAGACCACCAAAAAACAAGCCCGCAAAGGUAAAACACCGGAGGAAGUGGUAAAAAGGUACUUACAGAAGGUCAGGAAUCCACCAGAAGAAGAUUGCACUAUCUGUAUGGAGGCUCUGGGGGGGCCCUCAGGGUAUAAGGGUCCAGGUGUAGCAAGUGUUUCACGUGCAGAGUCGGUCGGACGACUAGCGCAAUGUGGGCAUCUUUAUCACCUGCAGUGCCUAGUGGCCAUGUACAACAAUGGCAACAAAGAUGGCAGUCUGCAGUGUCCAACAUGCAAGACAAUAUAUGGAGUAAAAACAGGCAACCAGCCGCCUGGUAAGAUGGAGUACCAUGUCAUCCCACACUCACUUCCAGGACACCCAGACUGCAAAACCAUUCGCAUCAUCUACAACAUACCGCCCGGGAUACAGGGUCCUGAGCAUCCAAAUCCACAGAAGCCUUUCACUGCACGAGGAUUUCCCCGUCAUUGUUAUCUCCCAGACAAUGAAAAAGGACGCAAGGUCUUAAGGCUUUUGUUGGUGGCGUGGGACCGACGGCUGAUUUUCUCAGUGGGAACCUCCAGCACCACAGGAGAAUCAGACACUGUCAUCUGGAAUGAGGUCCAUCACAAGACAGAGUUUGGCUCCAAUCUUACUGGACAUGGCUUUCCAGAUUCUGGCUAUCUCGACAAUGUGCUGGUGGAGCUUAAAGCCCAGGGCAUCACUGAAGACGAGGAACAGCAGCUGUGAGAAAUGAUGGUACUAGAUGUGCAUUUGAAAUAGGAAGCACAGAAAUAUGUGUGAUUUAAAUAUGAAAAUAACUAAUGUGACCAACUGGUACAGAUAACUGUGUGAAUUAGCACAAGUCGGUGUUUAUUCUAUAAUCUCAAUACGAAGUACUUGGGCAUGAAGUAACACAACUAAGAUGAUAUUUGGUUAAAGGUGAAAGAUAGGUUUGAAGGAAAAAGGAAAGAAAGGAAUGUGUGAAAAGCAAGAAUGAGAGGUGGAGGGGACUCAUGUCGUAGAAAAACAAGGGAAUUGAAAGGCUUAAGAAAAUGCUAGUUAAUGAAGCAGCAGAGAUGUUUUAUAUGCUUAAGUUAUGUUGUUUUGUGAGUUUGUGUAAGUUGUGUAAAACAGUCAACUCUUGUACCUCUAACUGGAAGCUGUUUACUAAAACUGAGAAGUAUAGUUUGCUAUACUGUUAUACUGAGAAGUAUAUAGUUAUAAAUGCUUGUAUUAUAAUUUGUAUUUUCAUACAUCAUUCCAUGUAUUCAAAAUGUAUUGAGAACUUGUACUAUUUUUGUAAGGGUCAAAAUAGAGCAGCAGUUUUAAUAUCAAAUUGAUUUCAAAAUGAGUUUUAUGGAAACAUUGAAUUAUGCUGGUUUAUAUGAAGCAUGAGAACCCCAACUAAUUGUUGUUCUUCAGAUAAUAUAAGAGUACUUGACAUGAUCAUUGAGGAAAAAGAUGUCCAAUGCAUCUAAUAGUUAUACGUUAUGAAAUCUCACCUGUUCACGGUACAGAAAACACAUUUGGUGGUUUAAGCUAAAAGAAGUGCUACUUCACUACGAGUACAGCAUUACAUAUGUUCAGCCUUAAUACAGAAGAAUAAGCAAAUGAAUUAAGAUUGAGCUGGAUACAGUGAAAUGAUAGAAGAAUAUCAAGCACUUCAUAGGAUAGAUGGGUAGAGAGAUAGUUUAAACUUUAAUGAUCCCCAAGGGUCAGUUUAGUAAUCGUUUGCCAAAAUGAAUUUUGCAAACUCAAGGAUUUUGUAUAAAAUAUGAUUUAGCUCUUUUUAACUGUCCUUGUACUGUUUUUAGGCCAGUCUGUAUGUUAGGUCAUUUAUUGACCUGUUUUAUAAUGAUUCACUUCUAAUGACCUAAAGAACGUGCCAUUGUUUGGGAUGAAUGUAUCUGUGCAUGUGGAUACUUGCGUGUGUGAGCCCAUGCAUCAUGUGUAUGCUUGCAUUUGUGCUUGAUUAAACAUAAGAGUGUAUGCCAUGCAUUCACCACCCAGAGGUACAGAGCGUUACUCAUCUGUUUAAUGUUCUUCAUGUAUUUCUCUUUUAUAUUGAUGUUUUCUUCUAUUUUCAUAGUUUACUAUAUUUUAAGAAUGUUUCAUAUUGAGAAUUUUUACACUUAAAGAUGAGCCUCAACUGUUUUUGGUUUCUUUUUGCCUGCCUACAACAAUAAAUGCCAUUUUUGUUCACAUGAAUUGUAGAGUUUUCUCAAGUUGUGAAAAAAAUAAUGUGAAGUGUUUGUAAUCUGAUAAAACCCAGCAACCUCUCCUUGCAUUAAAGGGAUAGUUCACCCAAAAA